AUGGCAACUCCAACCCCGAUUACAAUCUGCUGCCGUGUAAUCCCGUUGACCCUCCAGCAACAUCAAAUUCAACAUCGAAGAUCAUUACAACCCCCACUCGCCGACUGUUGUACCUUCACCGCUGUGAACUCCGAGCCACCAGACGACCUCGAAUCGUCAAUCGUUUUAGCAUCAAUGGCCUCCAGACACAGCGUUCCCGGCGAUCUCGCUGCUGCGAUCUCCAACGAGGAACACAAAGCCAUCGCCGCCUGUCACAAGAUAAUUGAGACCCCGAUCAUCCGCUGCACUCGACGAAUUCCGACGAGAAACAAAACCAAAAAAUCACGACCGAAAACUUCAGAUUUAUAG